UAAUAAAAAGCUAUAUUUUUAAACCCUAACUCUAAAUCCUUUUCCACAAAUAACAAAUUUUCUCUCGCAGUUGGACCCAAUUAAUUAAAGGAAAUUUCGAGAUAAACGAGCUUUGCUUAUUGAGCGUGAGGGAGAGCAAUGGAGGUCGAUAGAGAAGACGGACGCUCGCAGAACCAGUUGAGACCUCUCGCAUGCUCUCGCAACAAUCUCCAUCGUGCUCAUGGCUCUGCCAGUUGGUCUCAAGGAGAUACGAAAGUACUCGCUGCUGUUUAUGGGCCGAAAGCUGGAACUAAAAAGAAUGAAAACCCCGAGAAAGCUUGCAUUGAAGUCAUUUGGAAGCCUAAAACCGGACAAAUAGGGAAACUAGAAAAGGAAUAUGAAAUGAUAUUGAAGAGAACCCUGCAGAGUAUUUGUAUUUUGACUGUUAAUCCAAAUACUACAACAUCAGUUAUAAUACAGGUUGCCAACGAUGAUGGUGCUCUUCUCCCAAGUGCCAUUAAUGCUGCAUGUAUGGCUCUUGUAGAUGCAGGGAUUCCUACGAGGCAUCUUGCUGUCUCAAUAUGUUGUUGUGUGGCAAGGAGUGGACUUGUUGUAUUGGAUCCAACCAAGCUAGAAGAGCAGAAAAUGAAGGCAUUUGCAUAUUUAGUCUUCCCAAACUCGGUCCAUUCAGUCCUUCCUGAAGGAUCACCAAGUGGGCAAGGUGAACCUAUUCAAAAUGGGAUUAUUACCUCUGUUACUCACGGUAUAAUGUCAGUGGAUGAUUAUUUUUACUGCCUAGAACGAGGGCGUGCUGCAAGCACCAAAUUGUCUGAUUUUCUCAGGAAGAACUUGCAACAGCAGUCAACUGAUUCAUCUAAAGCUGGGUGACUUUAUAGCACGUUCAGGAAUCCCUGGUUUGUUGAAUUUCAUGUUCUACCGGAUAUUAGCAUUAGCCAUAGUUGUACUGAUUGAUCACUCAUUUCCUCAGACUUCCACAACCCUUUUGACCAAAUUGUAUUAGAAGUUUGAUGUAAAGAUAACCAUAUUGUUUCUAAGUUGUGAU